CAAAGAAGGAGCCGAAUCAGUGAGAGUAUGGUUGUCAGGCACCGGAAGAUAGGAGCCCGAAAGGACUUCGGGCGGAGAAGAAAUAUGUUCAUCCAUUGCCUAUUGAAUGCAAGAGGGAUGCUGAAGAUUUGGAUCAGGGGGAGGUUAAUUGCGUAAAAUGGGAUCCAACAGGUUCCUUGUUGGCCUCAUGUUCGGAUGAUAUCACUGCAAAGAUAUGGAGUAUGAAGCAGGACAAGUAUGUUCAUGACUUGAGAGAGCAUGUAAAGGAGAUAUAUACCAUCAGAUGGAGCCCCACUGGACAUGGGACAAACAAUCCUAAUCAGCAGUUGGUUCUUGCUAGUGCAUCAUUUGACUCCACUGUGAAGCUAUGGGAUGUGGAACUGGGGAAACUUCUUUACAGCUUAAAUGGACACAGGGACCCUGUAUACUCUGUUGCAUUUAGCCCUAAUGGAGAGUACCUGGCUAGUGGAUCUCUGGAUAGAUCGAUGCACGUCUGGUCAUUGAAGGAAGGGAAGAUUGUCAAGACCUACACCGGUAAUGGGGGAAUAUUUGAAGUCUGUUGGAACAAGGAAGGUGAUAAGAUUGCUGCGUGUUUUGCAAACAAUACAGUUUGUGUUUUGGACUUCAGAGUGUAAGGACUGAGAAAUUCCUAAAUGAUAUAAAUAUGACUAAGAUUACUUACCCAAGCUUUUGGAAAAUAUUGAAGCUGCUAGUUUUUCCUGAAAACUAGACACGCCUCACUGGCAUAGAGAAAUAUGUCAUUUAUUGAGUAGGUUUGAGAUUUUCAUAA